AUGAGGGUUUUCCAUUUGCUGACGCUCUUUGGGACUUCUCUAGGGUUUCUAUCUCCUCUCGCCGCCGCCUCCUCUGCUCGGAGCUUCUCCAAUGGCGCCCGUGAAGAAGACGAAGAAGAGCACCGAGAGCAUCAACAACAGGCUCGCCCUGGUGAUGAAGAGUGGGAAGUAUACGCUUGGGUACAAGACGGUCCUUAGAUCCCUCCGUACUUCCAAAGGGAAAUUGGUAAUUAUUGCAAACAACUGCCCUCCACUCCGAAAGUCUGAGAUAGAGUACUAUGCAAUGUUAGCGAAGGUCGGCGUACAUCACUUCAAUGGAAACAAUGUUGAUCUGGGAACAGCUUGUGGCAAAUAUUUCCGCGUUUGCUGCCUCAGCAUUAUUGACCCCGGUGACUCGGACAUCCUCAAGAGCAUCCCUGGUGAGCAGUGAGCAAAGAACUUUAGCAUGUUGUUUGUGCCUAGAUUCAUUCGUAUGCUUGGCUACUGGUUUUUGUAUUUGUCUGCAGAAUUUUGAGGCAGAACUGCUGUUUUAAGACAACAGUUUCAGUUGUAGACGUUUUGUUGUGGUUAUCAUAUCAAUGUGCUCUUUUAUUAGGUGUUUGUUGUUUUUAUUCGUAAAUUCGGUGUUUCUUAAUCGACGAACUUGUUCUGUACUCUCCAAAUAGCUAGUGGAGGAACCACACCACCUGAAAGGGAAGCCUAAGUUAGUUAAA